AUGAUACAGUAUUUUACAUUAUCUAUAGUGCUUGGACAUUUUCAGCAAGGUGCUACAAGAGGUUUGGGCUUCCCGGUAGAUACAGUUGACCUCCAACACUACAAAAGGGGUUACUCCAUUAACUCGAUUGCAGACGACCAAGACAGUGACACUGCACCACUUUUAGAGAAGGAAGUGGAAAAAAUCACAGUGCCUCCCAAAUGCUGCUCUGUACGAUGCAAUCUGGCUGCUAUGAUGUUCUUUGGCUUUGCGGUGGUCUAUGGUCUACGUGUAAAUCUCAGUGUUGCUAUGGUUGCUAUGGUUAAUGGAACCAAUGACCAGUCGUCAUCCAAUAGCAAUAUAUCAAUCGAGUGUCCAGUACCCACCCAUACACUUGACAACAACAGCCAAAGUUCAGAACAGCCAGAAGGGAUUCCAAGAUACUCGUGGGAUUCCAAGACGCAGGGAAUGCUGCUCGGUGCUUUCUUUUUUGGAUACCUGUUUACUCAGAUCCCGGGAGGCUACCUAUCAGGUCGCUUUGGAGGAAGCCUGUUCCUUGGUGGUGGUGUGCUUGGAACAUCCGUCCUCACUCUCCUCACUCCACUGUCAGCACAACUUGGAGCCAAGUGGCUGUUUGCCUUGCGUGCACUGGAGGGAUUUGGGGAGGGUGUGACUCUUCCUGCCAUGAUGGCGAUGUGGGCCCGCUGGGCUCCUCCAUUGGAGAGGGCUCGUUUGAUGACGUUCUCAGGUGCAGGCUCUAGCUUUGGUGCUUUUGUGGCUCUUCCUCUCACUGGCUUCAUCUGCCGUAGUCUGGGGUGGCCAGCAGUCUUCUACUCCUGUGGUGGUGCAGGGUGCCUUUGGGCAGUGUUUUGGUUUAUUUUGGUGUCAGAUGAACCCCGAACUCACCCAAGAAUUAGUGACAGAGAGAAACAUUACAUAAUUAACUCAAUAGGUUCACAGGGGAUGCCACAUGGUUGGUCAGUGCCUGUAUUAUCUAUGCUGUUCUCUGUGCCUGUUUGGGCCAUAAUCAUCCCCCAGAUGUGCGGUAACUGGUCUUAUUAUACUCUCCUCACCUCACUUCCUACCUACAUGGACACUGUGCUCCACUUUGAUUUGCAACAGAAUUCAUUCCUGUCUGCUCUGCCAUAUCUGGCUGACUGGCUUUUCUCAGUGGGCUCAGGUGUGCUGGCAGACAACCUCCUGGAGAGGGAGCUCCUAAGUGUCACAGCUGUCCGAAAAAUCUUUACUUUCAUUGGUCUGUUUCUACCUGCUGUUUUCCUGCUCGCUGUAGGCUUCACGGGUUGUAGCGGUGUGUUGGCCGUGACUUUUCUCACUUUUUCCAGUGCACUCGAGGGUUUCAGUGCUGCUGGUGUCUACAUUAACCAGAUUGACAUUGCUCCACGGUAUGCAGGUACACUUCUAGGAAUCACAAACACUUUUGGGAUGAUCUCUGGUGUUCUUGCACCAAUUGUAGUGGGUUACUUGACCAGAGAUCACUCAGUUACAGGAUGGAGACAUGUGUUCUGGUUGUCAGCAGGGGUGAGUGCCUUUGGAGCCAUCUUUUACGUGAUCUUUGGCACUGGAAAGAUUCAGAGCUGGGCUAGGACAGAUGAGGAGUCAGACACAGAUAUACACAAUUAAACAUUCCAGUUGACCAAUUCAGCAGGAUAUGAGGA